AAGGUGAGCGUGUUAACUUUAUUUUUCAAAAGCAGACGGUAUGCAAGCGUGUUGACUAAGUUGGAAUAUGAAGAUGCCACAAGUAAGCCAUUGGGGGAACCAAGGGACUAAUGAGGUUUUAGGCUUACUCUUCAAACCAAGGUAUGGCAUCGCAAAGAUUAAAUCUCCGCUUGGCUGUGUGUUUACUGAAUAUCUCUGAAGCUCGAAAGAAGGACAUUGUGGAGAGGGUUGCUAAAGCUGCACUUGGAGAUAAACAAGGGCAAAGGAAAAUGCAAACAACUGUGCUGAACAUAUUUUCAGAUUAUGACUACAACCGAUCAGUUCUAACUCUUGUAGGUCCGGUUGAGACGUUGGGUAACUCUAUUUUGACAUCAUGCAUUGAAGCAUUUAAUUUAAUUGACAUGAAUGCUCACAUUGGUGUUCAUCCUUGUCUUGGAGCUGUGGACCUCGUCCCCAUUUACCCUCUCUCGGAAUCUGUUAGUCUGGAGGAGUGUGGCAAAGUGGCUCGCAAUGUUGCUGAAAAGUUAAUACUUGAUGUGCCAGAUUGUAGUUUUUUUUAUUUUGGAUAUGCUGAUCAACCUCUCAAACGAACCCUGGUCCAGCGCAGAAAAGAAUUGAACUGGUUCAACCGGAGCAAUUUGAAGGUGAAGGAAAGAAAGCCAGAUGUGGGAGCUGUGAUUUCUCCCAGAUGUGGUUUAACAGGUAUUGGUGCCAGCCCAUAUGUUAUGAACUGUAAUGUGACUAUAGCCACACAGGAUCUGAAUGCCGGCCAGCAGAUUGCCAGUGCUAUCCGUGGAGCAAAUGUUGGUGGCCUUAAGGGCAUUCAGGCAAUGGCCUUUCCUCACCAGGGUACUGUGGAGAUAGCUUGUAAUGUGGAGAGCUUUAAGGAUGAGCCUUUGACAGAAGAAAGGGGGAAAUACAUUUCUUAUUGCAUUCAGGGUGAAGAAUACUUGUACUUUUCUCCAAGUUCCAUCGAGAAGCAGAUUAAAAAACUGGCUAAAAACCUAGGAGUUGCAACAGUGGGCACUGCAUUGGUUGGUUUCACACCUGAACAUUGCAAGAGUUUGGCAGAACAAGCCUUACGGGAAGGAACUGGAGAGUUUUGGAAAAAGCGCAAGGUCCUUACAAUGUAAGAGAGGAUUGUUAGUGUGACUAACAUCAUGGUGUUUAUCACACAGACAAUCCUCUACACAGUGCAAUUAAUACUAUCAGUCUGGUAAUCAUGUUCUUGGAAAAUGAAUAAGAAGAUCAAUUUUCAAUGAGUGGGAAGAAAUGCUUGUAAAAGUCUGGCAGCCCCAAUAGACAUCGGAAAAGGAAAAUGUUGCCCUGAGGUGGAAGAUAUGUGACUGAUUUCCAAAACACUGCCUGUGCUACUGUUGACAUUCUUGUGGUUGCUGGAAGGGCAUGCUUAUUUGUUGACCCAGAUCUGGCAUUAGUAAUGACUAUAGGACUAUCAAGUAUUGACAUCAGAAUUUCAUGAAACAACCAUGCUGAGAUUUCUGAAUCAGCUUAGUUAAAUGCAGAAAUCUGAAGAUGCUAUCAGUGAUUCUGUCUUCCCCGCAAGCUGUGUUGUUCGCAGCCUUCUCCAAAGGAAUCAAGGGAAAUCACUUAACAGAAGCUACAUAGAAGCAAGUCUUGCUGUUAAACACCCUGCAAAUUUACACUCUGUUCCCUGAGGACAAAGUGAAUUUUUAAUAACUUACUAUGCCUUAAGUUACUGCCUAGCAAAUUCUUUUGCCUAAAAAAAACUAAUAUUACAAUGUGGAUUUUAAUUUCCUCACAAAUGUUUCAAAUAUUGUGGAUAUUU